UGCUUUGAUGAGUGACGCGGUUGAUUGGCAACACCUGCGCUACUUGAUCAGCGGCGCCACGUGCGCACAGUUGGAGCUUUUUGUGCAGCGAUUUUGCUUGGGCAUUUCGGGCCGGUUCCUUCUGUUUAUUUUGGAUGAAUAAGAAAAACAAAUGUUGAUUUCAGUUACACUCAGCUGUUUUCGCGCCGUGCUGUUCCUUCUGCUGGUCAGUAGCAGCUGCCCGCCGCUUGUUCGAUGCUCUGUGGGCCGCACGGACUCGGUGAGCUACUUGAGUCAGUCCGCAUAUGGCACCAUCUUCUCUCCGCUGUUCAAAGCUCUUUCCGAGCACGGAGGAUCCAGGUGGUGGAACCAGGCCUCCGUAAAAAAUAACAAAGCUGAGCACAAGUACAUGAAAUAUUUGACGGCUGUGUUCAAGACAAAUUCCAGGGUGCAGAGGACGUCACGCUACGACGUCGUCAGGCUAAUCAAGCCGCAAGAGCAAUGUUUUGCCAAAAGCAAUAAAGAGAAUUUUACACUGGAUCUGUCAUACAGCCUCGAUCAAGUCAGAGAAAAAGAGCAGCUCAUGAAGGCAACGCUUUUGUACAGUUUGGCAUACAUUAACUCUGUGUGCUUCCUGAGCAUCAAGGAGCAGGAGCACUCCAACAAAUGUCCGCUUUGUCCUGGCAUCUACCGAGCUCUAAAUUUCACUGCGGAUGACACGGAAAGAGGGAACUGGUUGGAAGUCGACAUCACUUCUCUGCUUCUGCCGCCUUCAAAAUUCCCGAAGAAUGUCCACCUACACAUCAAUGUCAUCUGCCCCAAGGAGCAACAAGCUGGGAAUGCUGAGCUCGAAGGCCCUUUGCAAUUCACCUUGGGUUCUCCUCCGCUGCUGCUUUACCUCCAUGAUAACAAGAAAACGUCAAACCAGACAUUGCCUCCUCCUCCUUCUGCAAAUGAGUUUAACAAUCACAUUUUCAAAGCGCUUCGAGCCAAGAAGCGGCAAAGGAGGGCAUCUGCAAAUAGCAAACGAGGUGAUAAAAGCUUGGACAUCAAUUUGCCAGAGCUUCUUCCAACCUCGAAAUUCCCAACAAGUUAUUGCGCCUUGUAUGAUUUCAGAGUGCAAUUUAGCCAGCUUGGAGCGGAUCACUGGAUUGUUUAUCCCCCCAGAUAUAAUCCCCGGUACUGUAGAGGCAUCUGCCCACGGGUAAUCGGUGAUAUUUAUGGUUCUCCCAGGCACACCAUGCUACAAAACAUCAUUUAUGAAAAGCUGAAAUCCUCUGUGCCCUGGCCCUCGUGUAUUCCCUCACACUACAGCCCCCUAAGCGUCUGGCUUCAAGAAAAGGACGGGACUUUAGUUUACAAGGAGUUUGAAGAGAUGGUGGCCACCAGGUGCACCUGCCGCUAAACCAACAACAUUCAAAUAUAUGAGAUGUUCUGACCAGGCUCUGUGAAUUUAUCAAUGUUUAAAAUCGCUGUGCAUACAAGAUGUUUGAUCUGGAGCAGGUGUGUUAACGUAAACAAUGUAUUUUAACAUUGGAAAAACGUUAAGAAAUGUUAAUUUCAUUUCUGUUAAGGGCUUAUCAGAAAGGAUGAUAAUUCAUCCCGUGUUUUCAGUUUCCCAAUAGGGUAAUAAUAUGAAACACUUGACGGGGGAGGGAAAAACGUAGAGUACCGUAUAUAAUCUAGUAUUUUGUUUUAAGUUCGUUUUUGUGUGAGAAGUCAUUAUUGUUUAACACCGUAACUUUUAAGUCACCCUGUUCCAGACCAAAAAAAAAAAAACCCCGGUCACAAUCUGAUCAAACCUUUUACAUAUUGUUUUAUUCCAGGGCAUUACUGAAGGUUGUCCCAAGUGACUAGCUCCUCCGUAAUGUGCAGAAUGAAAGCAUUCAAGUUGUGUAUUUAUUACUUCCGGUCACUGAGUGACUUCAUACGUAUGAAUUUCUACUGGUGAAAUGUCACUAUAUGCAUGUCAUGUAUUUAUGCAAAUUGUGAAUUCACUGUAUGUCUGUGUUCAGCUUCUAAAUAUUCAAACUGAUGAAAAGAUGUCACAAAGCUGGGAAAUAAACACCAUGCAUACA